UUGCCUUUGGGCUGCAGGGGACAGUAGUAACACAGCAGGCUUUCCAGUGCAAGAGCUGGGAGGACCAGAGCCAGGAGCAGCAGGAUGGAGAUCAGGAACCAGCAUGGACCCAACAGAUGGACGUCCAGACUAAUCCAGGAACAGUUGAAGCUGUGUCAACCUGAGGACCUCUACCAACCGGCAAACCCUCUGAUUACCAAGCAGAAACAGGUUUAACUUGCUGAGCAUGGCCACGCUCAAGAACUCACCUCCACACGGCAUUGGACACCAGAUAACAGAGCUUUGACGUUCUUCCCUCUGCUGGGCUAUGAGACAGUGUCAAACUCCACCAUCCAGGACCACUUAUACGAAUCCUUAAAACUUCAUGGAUCCUCCUGGAAGGCGACAUGGAGCAAUCCAAAGACAAAAUGCGAAUGCCACUGACUUCCCCAUGCCUCUGACAGAGGAUCUACAACAAAUGCACCUUUAUGAGUACCUUGGAGUCUUUUGUGACAAUGACGAGGACCAUUUGUAUGAGAGCACCUUGUACGGGUUCAGAUCGCCGACUGAACCCCGACCUAAACCCCCGGGUCCUGUCUGGGCUCAGGGGGGAGGAGGAGGAGCUGGCAACACAAACCCACCACAGAGCACAAACUGUCCUCUGCUGCCACCCAGAUCCAGGGCAUCCAGCUCACAUCUGCCUCUUACACAAGGCCGGGUACCCCCUCCUCUUCCUUCCAGGACACAUCUGCCCCUCGAAAAGACUAAGAGGUUUUCCUGUGACUUCACUGAGCCUGUUCACAGGCUGAAUCGUACCAGAACAGUAGCAGACAAUCAUGAUCCGUGGACCAUCAAACUAGUCGACACUCCAGAGGGCAGCACCAAUAGGGUGGCGUUUUUUUGCGCUGCAGUUUCCCAGCUGAUGUCACGGUACAAACACACAGACUCUGCUCACAACUCUGGUGUGGUAUGGGGUCGAGUGUCACACAUCCAUCCUGCUCUGCUGCAGCAGGUGGAGGUGACUGUCAGUGUAGCAACAGAAUGGGACGAUAAUCAGAUCCCCUUCCCCACCACUGUGAACAGGACUGUGAAAAGUCUGAUUGAUGAAAUCUUCCAGCUGCUGGACCUCACUCCCAUCACACCUGGAUAUUAUCUAUUAAAACUGUGUGACUCUGAGGAGUAUCUCAGGAAUGAAGAACUGCUGGGCAUGCAUGAGACAAUUCAGAUCUACUCCAAGUUUAAACUGCUAAUUCCUCUACGACUGCUCCACGUGAACAACCUCAAACACCGUCUGGUCAGAGAUGCUGAGGAUGACAGGACCGUAUGCCAACUGUCUCAGCUCCAGCAUCCCGUCUGUGUCUCCAACCCAUGCAAGCUGAGUCUGCAGGAUGUGCUCAAUGACUACAACAGAGAGGCAUCAGAGCUCAUAAGAAGUAAGUCUGGGAUGAACAGCAAUGUGCUUGUGAGCAAUGUUCAUACCAUCAGCAACCUGCUGUGUGGACUCUCAUGUCAGGAACUGGAGGAUACCAUCGGCAGGCUCAAUAGAAUCAGUCCCAUACCUCUGAGUCAUGAUGAGAUGCAUGACUGUGAAGCUGCUAUGAUCAUGCUACACGGGGCGCUGCUUAAAGUGCUGCAGGUAUUUUUUGACAACUUUCAGUCAGACUUCAGAGCCGAGAAGAUAACCGGCAGCCCGCAAACCUGUGACGUUGAAAACAACUAUGAAAUCUUCCAGUUCAAUAUCGCUACCUUGUACAAGCUACAGCCCUCCUGGAUAAUCACCUAUGAGUCCUUCUCUGUUUCCUGUGAGCUGACAUACGGAGGAACAAAGAUCUGUGACACCGGCGUUUCUGAAAAUAUCAGCACGGCUUUGUCACUUGGAAACAAAAUCCAGUGUAACCGCAAGAUGGUGUUCCCUGUUCCAGUUAAUCAGCUGCCAUAUGAGUGCAUGCUGACAUUUCGCCUCAAAGGCUCCAAGCGAGGCAAAAGCCCCGAGCUUUUACGCUGGGCUGUUCUACCUCUGUACAAUGACAGGACUCUGGUAACAGGGACUAUCCUGCUCAGUAUGUCCACUCUGGCUGAGCUGCCUCGUCCUCCCUCUCCUGCUCUGUUUGACAGCCAUAAACAAGCCGUCGGGGUCAUAAUGCAGCUUGAGUUUCAGGAUCAGUUUGAGUGGGUGUAUCAGAGGCCCAUCGCACUCCCCGGAUCAGUCAUCUUCUCUCAGCCUUGUGACGAGCUGCAGAGGAAAAUGUUGGAUGUUUCUAAGAAGCAUUGCCUCUGCUUCCUAACAGAGAAUGAGAAGUCUUUCCUUUGGAGUAAACGUUACAAUGCUGACAAAGGAAGCACUUUCCUCCACCUGCUGCUGGGUGGAGCCCCCCGGUGGCAGCCUGAAGACCUGACAGAAAUCUACACUGUUGUAGAGAACUGGCCCAUCCAUCUGCCUGAGGAGGCCCUUUUCCUGCUCAGCGACAGUUUUCAUGAUCAGACUGUACGGACGGCUGCAGUUCAGUACUUUGAGCAGAUAUCAGAUCUUGAGUUUGAGGAGUUUCUGCCACAGCUGGUGCAGGCUCUGAAGAGUGAGUGGAAACUGAAUGGACCUCUAGUGAUGCUUCUGUUGGAGAGAUCGCUGAGGAACAUACGGAUCGCCCAGCAGCUCUACUGGCUGCUGGAGGAUGCCCACAGUGACCCGUACUACCAGAACUGGUUCGGUAAAGUUCAGGCUGCCCUGCGGCACUGCUGUGGCCGAGCACUGAGGCAGGAACUGGAGCACGAAACCCGCCUGGUGCACCUGCUGGUACAGGUGGCUGAGAAAGUCCGCAUUGCUGAGAAGGCUCGACGUAAGAAUGUUUUAAGUAAAGGAAAGCUGAAGAUUGAUGACUUCUUCAAAAAUGAAAUCAGUUGUUGCCUCCCACUGGAUCCUGCAGUCCGUGUAAAGGCAGUGAACUUGGAUGCCUGUAAGUUCUACAACUCCAAUGCUGCUCCUCUGGGGAUCUCAUUCAUCUGUACUGACCCUCUGGCCAAGAACAUCAGUGUCAUCUGCAAGACAGGAGACAACCUGCGUCAGGACAUGCUGGUGCUUCAGAUAGUCCGUGUGAUGGACAGAGUUUGGCUCCAGGAGGGGCUGGACCUGCAAAUGAUCACGUACCGGUGUCUCUCCACGGGCAAAGCUCAAGGCCUGGUGGAAGUGGUGCCUGAGGCGGUGACCCUGGCAAAGAUUCAUCAGGAGUGGGGUCUGGGUGGGACCCUUCGAGAAGACACACUGGAGAAAUGGUUCCACAUGUGGAACAGAACUAAGGAGGACUAUGAGAAGGCUGUGAUGACCUUCAUCCAUUCAUGUGCAGGGUGGUGUGUGGCCACCUUCAUUCUGGGCAUCUGUGACCGGCACAAUGACAACAUCAUGUUGAAACACAGUGGACACAUGUUCCACAUUGACUUUGGCAAGAUAAUGGGCAAUGCACAGAAGUUUGGAAGCUUUAAAAGGGACCGAUCACCCUUCAUCUUUACAUCUGAGAUGCAGCACUUCAUCACAGGAGGAGGACAGAAGCCUCAGCGCUUGCAUCGCUUUGUGGAGCUCUGCUGUGAAGCUUACAAUAUAAUCAGAAGGCGCUCUGCACUGAUACUCAGCCUGUUGGAGCUGAUGCUACAUGCGGGAAUGCCAGAACUGAAGGACUCUAAUGACCUGCAGUACGUCCUGAACAACCUCAGACCUCAUGACACAGACCUGGAGGCCACCUCCUACUUCACAAAGAAGAUCAAGGAGAGCAUGGACUGUGUUGCGGUCAAGUUUAACUUCCUAACGCACAGCAUGGCUCAAGGGAAGAAACAAGAAACGGUAACCCGGGAUGGCAUCCCUGCUCCCAGCACCAACAUCCAGGAAGCUGUCAUUCAGGGAUACACUGUCAAAGGAAAAGAUGUGAUUUAUGACCUGAGAAUAACCAUUCAUGAUGGUUUUCUGACCAGUGAGAAGACAUUUGGGCAAUUUGAGCUGAUCCACAAGCAGCUGCAGAAAUACUUUAUUGAAUCAACAUUGCCUCAGUUUCCUAGCUGGUAUAAGAUGUCGUUCACACCAGGCAGGAAGAUGUCUCUGCUGAAUAAAUACCUGAAGCAGCUUUUUGAGGGUCCAUGCAAAGGAAAUGAAUUUGUGUGCAGCUUGUUUCUGGACGGCCCCAACAAAGUUCAUGAAAGUGUGGCUACAGGAACCCGUCCUCAGAUCCAGCUUUACAUUUAUUACUCUCACUUCAAGCUGUCUAUCCUGGUAAAACACCUGAAGAACAUCAAGCAGGCAAAUGGCUCUAACCCUGAUGCCUAUGUGGUCACACGUCUGAGACCAGACCCUAAGCAGCGCUCAAAGAGGAAGACAAAGGUGGUUCGCAACAAUGACAACCCCACCUUCAAUGAACUGCUGGAGUACAGUUAUGUCCCGCUGCUCUAUGGGAUGGUGCUGGAAGUGACGGUGAAGAGCAAGAAGACCUUUGUGGCUGCAACCAACAUUAGACUGGAGGAGGAGUUGCUACAAAAGGAGACCUGGUUUCCACUGGGGAACUGUGCAGUCUGACCUCAGGGGGCUGCACUGUAGACCUGCUGCCAGCAGGGGGAGCAACCACACCGAGGGAGUGAACCCAUUUAGAGAUUCUCCAAACUCUUAACAGGGAGACAAAUUCACCUGAGAGGAGGAUCAGUGCACUUUACACUGAACAAUGGGUGCCAUUUAUAUCUAUUUAACAGAUGCAACUUGACCCCGCUUCAAAACUGAAUACAGCAGCUGCGGAUGGGACGCUUGGAUGAAGUUACAAAGCCGACUAAAAGACACAGGAGACUGUUUAUUAUAGGAAGCAACAUUUAGCUUAUCUUUUUGUCAUUUUUAAGUGUUAAUCAAAUGAAGGGGGAUUGCUUAUUAGAGAGCUUUUUGGAUGUUACUUUGGUGACAGCUGAAGAAAAGGAAGUAUUAUUUAUCAUACUUGCACUUUCAUUUGUAUUUCAUUUUGCUUUGUUUUCUUUGCUGUGAGUCAAAGCAGUCCUUGUAGACGUGUGCGUGGUCGAGACUGUUGAUGUGACAGACUAAAGAGGGGGAGGCGAUGCGGCGCUGUUCAGAGCUGCCUGCUUGUUACCUGCCCAGACUGAGCGUGUUUGUCCCUCCUAGCUGUGUCAACUGGAUGUCCUUGACCGCUGGAAUUGGAGGCGGGAGGCGUGAGGGUGAGGGGAGAGAGGGGUGAGGAGAGAGUGUGUGAGCGGGGUGACAACGCCGUCUCUCUGGCCGGAGGGGCUGACUUAACACUCUCCCCCUCACUCCAUCCUUUGUCUUAUCCAUCAGUGGCAUUCGAACGCAGUUAUGCACAUGCAUGCACAAACACGCAAAGGCAGACAGUCACGUGGUCACACAAAUACCCCUGAAAAAACACACUCACACACUCUCUCACUCACUCUUUCCAGGCUAAGGCAGGUCUCCGUGUUAUCUUAAUGCUGUCCUCCUUCUGACGGGCCUGCUGACCCGUGCUUUCCUCGGCCUCAUUCAUCGGAUUUAGUGAUGAACGAGAAUAGAAAUGGACUCCCCUGCACUGGAUUUGGUUCAAUAAUGUAUACCUCUG